AUGGCAGCAGACAGCGCAUUGGGCCAAACUUUGCAAGUUACAUACGAGUCGGGGUGGAGCCUGUCAGAUGAACAAUUGGAAAAACUGUCACUAACGGAUCUAAAUGACCACCUGUGGGGCCUCCCCAGGGAACAAGUAGAGCGAUUAAAACAGCGCCGGCGCAGAUUAAGAAACCGAAGGACUGCAGCCGCCUGGCGAGAAAAGAACAUGUACAAAUGGAAAGCGUUAGAAAAGCAAAACGAAACACUAAAACAGAUGCUGGAAGAAAUGGCUCGAAAAAAUGCAACUCUGUGUUUGGAACUGAAGGUCCUGCGAGAGCGGUACAAACCACUGCAAGACUCUGCCGCCGACAUGGCCCCCACCGGAGAUGGCGAAUCCCCAUGCUGUUCCAGCUCUUUUAACUAA